UUAUUAUUGAAUCAAACAAACAAUUAUUUGACUAAACAUUUGUUGUUUGGUUUAGUUGUUGUGUUUGUGUUUGGAUAUGAAAGUCAUUUAUGAAUAUCUAAGACAACGUCGACAACACCCGACAACAACGUCCGGCAGCGGCGGCGGCGGCAACAGUGGCGGCCAAUCGUAUGAACAGAUGGACGGACAACAACAGCAGACAAUGGUGUCCAACAACAACAACAAUACUUCGGGAGGAUCGCCGACCAGUACGACGACGACGACUACGGCCAUCAUCGGUGCCGACUCGUUGCACAUCAACAAAGAGCUCGGCGUCGGCGAGUUUGGUGUCGUCCAACAGGGUGUCUGGUGUUCGCCGGAAGGCAAGCGAAUACAAGUGGCCAUCAAAUGUCUGUCGAGUCAACGAUUCGAUACAUCCCGACUGGAAUUUCUGAAAGAGGCCCGAAUUAUGCAUAACAUAUCGCACGAACACAUUGUCCGUCUGUACGGUGUCGUACUSGARCCGUUGAUGUUGGUCACCGAAUUGGCACCGCUGCGAUCGCUGCUCGAAUGYCUGAAAGAACCGGCACUCGUWUGCCAGUUCCCAGUGAUAUCGUUGUGUAAUUUUGCCGCACAAAUUGCCGACGGUAUGUCCUAUCUGGAACAUCAGCGCCUAAUUCAUCGGGAUUUGGCCGCCCGUAACAUAUUGGUGUUCGCCAAAAAUAAGGUAAAAAUAUCCGAUUUUGGUCUCUCCCGUGCACUGGGUGUCGGCAAAGACUAUUAUCAAACCAAUUUCAAUGUCAAUUUGAAACUACCGAUCGCUUGGUGCGCACCCGAAUGUAUCAAUUAUCUGAAAUUUACAUCAAUGUCCGAUUGUUGGGCCUACGGUGUAUGUCUGUGGGAAAUGUUUUCCUACGGUUUCCAGCCAUGGGCUGCCCUAACUGGGCAACAAAUACUGGAAGCCAUUGACGAACCCAGCUAUCAGCGCCUCGAACAGCCCGAGUGUUGUCCCCGGGAGUACUACCAACUGAUGAUCAGGUGUUGGCAACACGAACCAACCGCUAGGCCUCGGUUUGCCGAAAUUGUAUCGAUUCUACCCGAUUGUCGACCCGAAUUGGUUCAGGCGGUCAAGAUUUGUGAGGGUAGUGCCGGCGGCGGCGGCGGAUCUACCGCUACUGCUGUCGGCGACUAUAGUACUACCGGUACUACUAGUAGUAGUAAUACAACAAACGUAUCGCCGAAAGAGCUAUUAGACUAUAAAAUCGGUGAUAUUAUUACGGUUUUAGAUAAAACUAUUGCUACUAAUAGUAAUAAUAAUAAUAAUAAUAAUACGUCGACAACAACAAUGUUGUCUACAAAUAAUUAUUUUCAAACAACCAAUAGUUUAAAUAAUAAUAAUAAUAAUAAUAACAAUAAUGAUAGCACCGGUACUCUAUGGAAAGGCGCCCUAAACAACGGUAAAACCGGUUAUUUUAAUCCAAGCGAUUGUGUAUCGUAUUUGGGCCAAAAUUUACCGACAACUUGUUCGUCGCAAAGUUUACCGUCGGCGGCGGCGCCGUCAUCGUCGACCAGUUCAUCGUCAAACAACGGAGGCGGAGUCGGCUCACUGGCCAGUACGGCGGCCGUCGUAUCGUUGGCCUCGCAAGUGAUGCAUUCGAAAUUUAUUCGCGGAUUUCUGGACUCUACGUCCUCCUCAUCCCGUUCUACAGGCGGUACCGCCAGUGGUAGUCAACUAAUCAACAGUAGUAGUAGCGGUAUGGGUGGCCAGAGUUCAAAUACGAUGUCAAUGUCGUCGUCGUCGCCGUACAGUUCAAGGCGUCGAUUGCGCACUGAUAUGAUAUCCCGACCUCAGGGCGAUCUCGUACACACUGGUCAUGUGGGAGCCGACGGCGCAUUUUUCGGCGAUGUCGGCUUUCUGGACGGAAAGUACAAUCAGGUACCCAAACAGAUUGUCGCACCGUAUAGGCCAUCGCUGGAUGGCGGCGGCGGCGGCGGCGAUCAUCAUCAUCACCACCACAACAGCAAUAACAACAACACCAAAGGUACGGUCGACACCAAUGCUAACUGUGCAGCGAUGUCGUCGUUGUCGUCGCGCACUAAAUGGUCGUCCAAUGAGAAGAAAUUAAACCUAAAAAAUACAUCAAAUUCUGGCGACAGUAGUCACGAGUAUCACGAAAUUAGCGACGAAGACGAGUUCGGAGCCCUUGAAAGUCCGCCAUUUGAGAUACUUGAUUUUGGUCCGUCACUUGUGGAGGAAGUAUUUCGCGAAUUGGAUUCAAUAAAACCCGAACUGAGCAACGAAAUUGCCGAUUCGGAGCUGGCCAUCAACGAAAGUUCGGUAAACGUCAAGAACGAGGUCAGGGAAAUCAAUUUGAGAAUUAACAAAGAGGCGGCCCAGCACUCGGGAACCACUAAAGGCAAGAAGCAGGCAAUGGUCAAACCGAUAUCGGCCAGCGAUCAGAUGGAAUUGGAUUCGGCAAUAGCUAUGGCCAAAGAUAUUGCCACCCGAUCUAUGCUAACAUUAGACAACGAGAUGAUCGAUAAGACAACUACACCGACGUCGGCGGCGGCGAUAUCGACCAGCGAUUCGCCGAAAACACCGAAUUCGCCGAACAAGAAAAAGUUUUCGUUUAAAUUUUCGACAAAAUCGUCGCCAAAACAAGAGCGGCGAACAUUCAGCGAUGAAACGGAAUCGAUUGGCAAUAUUAUCGAAAGUAUAACACCGGCGGCCAAAGAGGCGUACAUAUCGCUGGUCGAUAAGGGAUCGGCUAUUGUUGUGCCGCCGCCGCCGCCAGAUCAUGGAGACAACAGUUCUGCUGCUAAGACCAACAACAACAAUGACAACAAUAACUACAUGAAUGGCUUCAAUGGCGGCGUCGACAGUAUUGAUGGCAAUCCGCUGCGAAUGUUACGAUCGGCCGGCAUUGGCGGUGUUCUCCGAUCGAAAGUUCGGGGCAAUCGUUCUUUUUCUAAUCCACGACUGCCGACCACUGCCCAGACAGCCGGUCUGGCGCGGGUAGCGUCAGCCCGAUCGGCGUUAGGUGUACCGCCACCCGUUCCCAUAGCCGGCGGCGGCGCCGGCGGAAUGAUGACCGUUGAUGAUAGUAUUAACAAUGAGCUUCCAUUACCGCCGAGAGAUCGGUCCCGACCAAUGUUGAUGCCAUUGAAGACACAUCAACGCCGCUAUCCAUUGGUUAUGCCGACGACGACAACAACAACUGGAGCAACAAAUGGCGACUCUAUUUACAGCAACGACGACAAAGAUAUGUCACAACAACAGCAACAACAACAACACACUUAUCAUUAUUAUCAACAACAACCACAACAACAACAUCAUCAUCAGCGAGAUUCGUCACCACUAAGAACUGGUCCCGUAUUGAAACAGGUAUCGUGUCCUCAGCCGCCGCAAACAUUUCUGGACACUUACGCUACGUUUAAGCUCAACAACGAUCUGAAUAAUAUUGGCGGCAGCGGUGGUAGUGGUGGUGGACUCAAUAGCGGCUCAAAGUUGGCUCCCAUUCCUCCGCCUAAACCGCAGCGAACUUUUCUUUGUGAGAGCGAGUCAUUCGAGAGUGAAAUGCAGAGAGCAUUGGACAACAUCCGCAUUAGUACGAUGUCUUCAUCACAGGACGUAUCGGACGAUACCAACCAAACCAAUGAAUAUAUGACUCCAAAGACAAUAACAACACUUAUCAACAAAAAUAAUAAUAACAAUAACUGUGAUUCAGUGGUGGCCAACACUACUACUACUACUACUACAUCCACUGCCGCCACCAUCAUAUCAUCUCGAAUGAAAUCUCACGAUACAGUGGUGUCUUCCUCCUCCUCCUCCUCAGUCACUGACCGACUACUAUACAGCAGUGGCAGCUCAACAACAACAACAAGGAUUCCUAUAGUAGAGACCUAUCGUGUGAUUUGUUCAACUAGUGAUACAUCAGCCGCAACUACAGCAUCGACAACAGCACUGGCAUCAUCUCUGGAUAGACCAUCAGUUAUCUCAAGAAGCAGUGGUGGUGGUAGUGGUGGUGGUCUCAGUCUCGAGUCGUCGUUUCAAAGCAAACCCAAGGGUGUCGACAGCGAUGAGGUGCGAGUCAUGCAAAAGGUUUUGGCUAAUGAGACUAACCUUUCAAGCGAAGAAUGCGCCCAAAUAUUGCAUUCAACCCAAUGGGACGUUCAUAAGGCCAUCAAAUGCAUUCGAUUGCGACAACAGUUACGUAGUCACGGUAUUACCGGCGACUGGGACUGGGCCCAGAUGUUGGCCAAAUUCAAUUGGAAUAUCCGACAGGCGUCCAACUAUUUGAUAGCUACUCAAGGGGUGGCCAGCGAUGCUACCGAAGUUUAACAACACACAUAUAGACAAUACAAUAUAUAUAUGUUUUUUUUACCCGACAAAUAUGGCAAUCAUAUCGUACUAAUGGCUUGAUUUUGAUAAUUUAGUUUUAUGUGUGUGUGUGUGUGUGUGUUUGUGAUUGUGUGUGUGUGUGUGUGUGUGUUAGCACAUUGUG